GAACUCCCAUCGCGAGAUUUGCGACCCGUCUUUGAACUUUGGUGCUCAAUCAGUAUACAUAGGGAGUGUUAUGCUAACUUUGAAUUUCUAAAACACCUGUUGAAAAAAAUUCUAACUGGUGGGGGACAAUGAUAUAGCAACACACAGUAUUAUGGAGCGGUGCCAUAGUGCUGCCUGCUGAAGGCUUUUUCGCUUUCACUUGAGGACCAUGUUGAUUUGUUGACAACAUUCACUCCCACCCAGCAAGGAUGGAGCUGGCCAGGACAGGGAAGGCGAAGAGGAUCCACCUGAACGCAGAAGACUGCAAUGAGCUGGGCCGAGGCCCGGACGGCACCAGUGUCCUCAGCCAGACCAGGCCUCUUCCCAGCACCCCGAAGAGGCGGCCGCACCCGAGGACGCCCACCAAGAAACGAAAGCUUGAGAGUCCUUCCAAGCAGCAGCAGAGCAUGAAUGACUUCUACCAGGUGACCGGCGUGGUCAGUUCCAGCCCCCAGAAGGGGUCCCAGCAGCCCAGCUCCUCCCGGCCCACGACGGGACGCGACGGAGGGGGUACCGCCCCACCUCCACCAGCGGGGUCCAGGGCGGAGCCAGGGAGGAGCGGAGACCCCCGGGAAGACGAUGACGACGACGACGACGACGACGACGACGUGAGCCUCCUGGCCGCUCUGGCUGAGGAACAUCCUGAGACGGAGAAGGGGGAAGGGGAGGAGAUAGACCACCUGGAGGGAAUCACGUCGGAGAUGUUCAACGACACUUUGUUCGAAUGCGCCGCCGCCAGAGACUCGACCAAUCAGAAAGCAGGGGUGAGGGAUCUAGGGGAGGAGGAGGAGGAGGAGGAGGAGGUGGAGCCGCUUCCCGACGCCCACUACGGGCUCCUGGGCAGCAGCAACAGGGGCCUCCAGGAGCCGCAGGGUCGCAUGGAGGACCUCCCCGAGGAGGUGGUCCGACUGAUCCUGCUGCUGCUGCCCGCCCAGGACCUGUACCGCCGCGUCGUGCUGGUCUGCCACGCCUGGAGGACCAUCGUCCAGGACCCCAAGUUCGUCCCGUACAAGAAGCAGUACUACCGCUACAUGAUGGGGGAGAAGGACACGGUGGCCAAGAUGAAGUCCAUCCUGGAGGACGGGGGCGUUCUGGACCCCAGCCUGCCACAGGAGAGCGUCCGACGGCUCGUCUUGUUGAUGUCCCAGCAUGCAUCUGGUGAGCGGCUGAGGCCGGAGGACCUCAUGCGGUGCGUUGGGGGGCACCGCCUCUUCCCCGUGGCCCAGUCCUGCCUCGCCCGCCGCUUCCCCGACCUCAAGCAGCAGGACCCCCACCCCUACGCGGCCAUGGCCCUCGUGCUGGUGCUGAGCGAGGCGGUGACGGACGUCCAGGCCCUGGUGGACCUGCUGCUCGCCGCCAUGUCCCGCGGCGCCGUGGUGGAGUUCCUGAGCCACGCCGCCGCCCUCCUGCUGGCCGCCGCCAACAACGAGGUGAAGGUCAGCAGCAGGAUCCACUACAACAUCUUCUACGUCCUCUACCUGAUGCACAGCUCCUCCACCUCAAUCACCACAGGGCCCAACGGUGAGCGCUACCAGCUGACCCAUGAACAACAACAGAUUCUGAGCCACCGGAUCCAACCCGACCAGGUGGUCAAGAUCAUGGCCUUUGCUGGCACGGGGAAGACGUCCACGCUGGUGCGCUACGCGCAGCAGAACCCCCGGCUCCGUUGCCUCUACGUGGCGUUCAACAAGUCGGUGGCCACCGAGGCCCAGCGCCGUUUCCCCGGCAACGUGGACUGCAGGACGGUCCACUCCAUCGCCUACAGCGACGUCGGCAAGAGCUACCAACUGAGCAAGAAGCUGGUGCCCAAUCUCAAGGUGUUCUCCGUGGCCAAGGUGCUCCCGGCCGGCCGGGGCGGCUUCAUCCACGGCAAGGUGGUCACCACCGCCCUCAAUGCCUUCAUGGCCUCCGCCGACCGCCGCAUCGCCCCGCACCACGUGCCAAACACCUUCAAGAACACCAAGGGCCUCGUCCAGACCCUGGACGCCAAGGAAAAGGCGGAGUAUGUCCGGGACUGUGAGGAGAUCUGGAGGAAGAUGAAAGACCUCAACGAGAAGAGCAAGGAGGGCUUCCACAUGACCCACGAUGGUUACCUAAAGCUGUGGCAGCUCAAAGAGCCGAAGCCGUGCCUGUCGGACAGCUACGACGUCAUCUUCAUCGACGAGGCACAGGACUGCACACCCGCCAUCAUGGACGUGCUUCUGUCCCAGCGCUGUGCCAAGGUCCUGGUGGGGGACCCCCACCAGCAGAUCUACACCUUCAGGGGGGCCGUCAACGCCCUGCGCACCGCCCCCCACACACACCUCUUCUACCUCACCCAGAGCUUCCGCUUCGGAGCGGAGAUCGCCUUCGUGGGGGCGACACUUCUGCAGGUCUGCAAGAAGGUCCAGAAGAUCCUGGUGGGAGGAAACCAGACGGGCAGCGUGUUCGGGGAGGACUUUGACCCCGUGGCGUUGGUGCCACUCAGCACUAGCCCAGCCCCCCGCGGCGGCGCGGCCAUCUUGUCACGCUGUAACUUCGGCGUGUUCAACGAGGCGGUGCGACUCACCGACCGCAACCCCGCCUGCACGCUCUACUUUGUUGGCGGCGUGUCCGGGAUCGGGCUGAGCAAGAUCCUGGACAUCUGGACGCUGAAACAGCCGGAGCACAGCCGCACAGCCAACAUCAAGGACCCCUUCAUCCGGUCGUUCGGCAGCUACCACGGCCUGCAGGCGUACGCGCUGCAGUCGGAGGAUGGCGAGCUGGAGGCCAAGCUGGCCGUGGUUGAGAAGCACUCCCAACGCGUCCCUGAGCUGGUGGGCCGCCUACGGGCCUGUCACCGCGACGACGGCAGUCAGGCCGACUUCAUCUUGAGCACGGUCCACAAGGCGAAGGGUCUGGAGUUCAACACGGUGAUGGUGUGCGACGACUUCGCACGGAUCCCCUGCUCACGACACCACCUGACCCAGUUGUCGGGCUUCAACUGGUGGGACACCCCCCCGGAUGAGUGGAACCUGCUGUACGUGGCGGUGACGCGGGCCAGGAGCACACUGAUCCUGACCCGGAACAUCCGGAACAUUCUUACCCAGGCCGGGGAGUACUUCCUGAGGCCGCAGCUGCCCGGCCCCGCCCUGCCAGACGGCCUCCCCCCUCGCUGCUCCGUGGCUCAGUGUCUGCAUCGCGUCUCCGCCGACGCUGCCUUCACCAUGAGCAAGCGCCCCAUGAGAUUCAUGGACGGGUUGUCCCCUGGAGGCCCUCUGUGUGAGCGGUGUGUUUGGAAGCGCGUGGGCCCCGUAGCAUUCCUCAUGUCAGACCAGGCCCUGCCGGCCCCCGCCAACCCGGAACGUCAGGACCUGCCCAUCAACAUGAUGCUGCUGCUCUUCUAAUGCGCACACACACACACACAUAGCCAAUCACAACACACACAGACACAGACACUCACAACGCACACAUAGCCAAUCACAAUGCACAGACAAACACACAGCCACUCACAACGCACACACACUCAGCGGAUUGGUUUUUCUUUGUUCCUUCCGCCGACCAUAUUUAGGUCAUUUUUUAUGUAUGGGGUGUGGAUACAGAUGUGGUGAACUGUUGGAAGAACGUGUGUGUGUGUGUGUGUGUGUUUUACCUAUGCCCUAGAGACUGUUACCGGACCAAAUAAAAUAAAAAAAUAAUGUGUACAAACUCUUUUAUUGAGUUCAUCUUGUAAAUAUCGCCCCCAUUGUGCGCCUCAUACAAGAUUCAUUGACCCAUAUAAAAAAUAUAUCAUUAGAAAGGAUUAUAAAAACAACUCCCUGACUCUGAAUAGACUCCAAAUGACUGAUGUUUUCGCCCACUGUGAGUAUCCAAUGACCUGUCCUCAAUGGCGUUCAACUUAACUUUGCAUGUGAAUUAAGGACAUUUCCCAUUGGCUGGACGCCAGUAAAGCACAAAACAAUAAAUCCAUGGCCUUGCAGGCUUGGGGGCAAUGCCUUGUCCUCUCCCGGGAUCAGAGUCCAUCGCUACAGUUCACAUUUCACCACAGCUGCCGUGUCUCACUUCAGUGGAUUCUGCUCCCCGUUCCUGAGCUAGAGAGCGGGAAUCCCUGAGCUGAGCUGAGUGGUGGGGGGGGGGGGGGGGGGGGACCAAAAUGGACGACGGGUGCUCUUGGUUACGAAAGCUCUCGUGACCCACGGCAGCUGUCGUGGUUCGCGAGAGCUGUCGUCCAACCGACGAACUCCAUUUGGAAACAAAAAGGGAUAGUUUUGUGUGGCAGGAAGUACAACGCCGUGCAGAUCAGCCAAUUGGCUGUGUUUUGUUUUGGCAGCCACUGUUGACGUUUACACCAGCAACCAGUCCAAUGCAGUUCAAUGACCCGUGUGUUCGCCAUCGUCACUGAUCAGGAUUAUAACCUCUGUCCCUUCGGCCUUAAUGUCUCUUGGAGCCUAUGGGAGGACAUCCACCGUCUAUAUCCUGUGCUCACAUUGCACCACCAGGGCAAAAGAAGAAAAAAAAAAA